GCUUCCAGAUUUUCGAUGGUGUUCUAGCUUCAAUUGACUCAUGAUUUCAACUAUAUAUAUAAAAUUAUACGUAUUUCUUUAUUUCUUCAAGAAGUCUUGACAUUUUUGUCAUGAAUUAAUUUGGUAAGUUUUGUGAAACAUUAAUUUAUAAGUUGUUCGUAGUUGUAAAUUGCCUGUCUCAUUUAGUUUAUGGAUAAUGCAACCAAAGAUUAGCAGUAGAGGAUAGAUGUACGUUCCGAGGACGGAGGAGAUGGUUACCCAUAUGGAAAUUAUAAUGACAACCCACAUUUUAAUAAUAACAACACUGGUGGUGAAGGUGGACGCAUGGAGAAUCAAUUCACUGCAUCAAAAUUUAAUGAUAAAACAAUUCGUCAUGCAUUUAUUCGUAAAGUAUAUUUUACACUUAGUGUGCAAUUAUUAUUCACAUUUGGAAUCGUAUGUGUUUUUUGUCUUGUUAAACCCGUGACGAAUUGGGUGCGUCGUAACUCUUGGUUCUACUAUUUAGCCUAUGCAGUAUUUUUCGUAACGUAUUUGGUACUUGGCUGUAUUGUAAGUGUACGUAGAAGAUUUCCCGGGAACUAUAUAUGUUUAACUGUAUUUACAUUAGCUUUAUCCUAUAUGGCUGGUUCAAUUGGUGCAUUCUACGGAGCUGAAGCAGCUUUAAUUGCUGUAGCACUAACAUUUGCUCUAUGCAUCUGCAUUACUCUAUUCGCAAUGCAAACACGUUUUGAUUUUACAAUGUGCUCUGGUUUUUUAUUUGUAUUUAGCUGUGUUGUUAUGCUUACUGGGAUUGCAAUUAUGAUUGUAUACUUUGUUUUGGGACCAAAUAAGAUUCUACAGGGCGUUUAUAGUGGUAUACUGACCCUAUUAUUUGGUUUGUAUUUGGCUUACGAUACACAACUAAUAAUGGGUGGAAGAGAAUUUGAACUUGAACCAGAAGAGUAUAUAUUUGGUGCAAUGCAACUUUAUGUAGAUGUUGUAUUCAUGUUUAUGGCUAUAGCUGGUAUUGCACGUGCAGCCUCAUGAAACAAUCAUUAAACCGAUGAAUCAAUACAAAAGAGUAUAAAUAAUAACCUACACCUAUUAUUAUUAUGAUUGUCAAAGGAUAUAAUAUCACUGAUUUGUUUUGUUUAAAAUCAUAAAGAUUAUUAUAUAAUAAAGACGAAAAAAAUAGCAAAAAAAUAGAAAGAGAUUAUCAUUAUUUUGUGAAUAUGUAAACAAUCUAAUCUAAUUUCCUUAACUUAUCUUUAUUGUACUUUAAUAACUUGAAUCAUGUACGAAUUUUGAUAAACAAACUUUUUUUGACCGUAAUCAACAAUAAACAAUCUGAAAUAUUUGUAUUCUAUGUAUUUCUUAUUCAAUAUAAGUACAUAAAUUAUAAUAAAUAAAAUUGGGGAAUUGAAUUUCUUCAUAUAGUAUUCUUUUCUUGUUUUGUAUAAUAGGAAAACAUAUCUGUUGGCAAACGAUUGAUAACAGACUGAUUGAGAUAUUGAAUGUUAUAAGAAAUUGAUGAAGUGUUAUUUUUCUAUUUUAUAGUUGUACUGUUGUGUACUGUAGUGUUAAGUACAGUUGUUAACCAAUUGGCAAUGUUAGUGCAAUGAACGAGAACACCACUGGGGACAAUCAAAUGUAAUUGAAUGAAAAAUUAUAAAAUCUCUUAGAAAAAAAAUCUGAGAAUUAUACAUUAAAUACUUCAUUUGCAGCAUGUUAAUCCAUUGUCUCAGAAUUGAUUGUUCCUUCAUUUCUACACUGAUCACUCUUUGAUCUUGUUCUCUUGUCUUCGAUCUUAUUAUUCUUCUGUCGUCAGCUAUCCCGCUUUCUAUUGGUGACAUAUAUUACUUAUAUCAGUCGAGAUCAGUAGAAUACACCAAAGCAGCUUUAAAAAGGCGAAAUCAUUCGAAUAGGUUCAUGUAGUAUGAAAUACAUUGUAGUUUCCGAUGUUUAUUUGAGUGUUACAUGUAUUCAAUUAGGCAGCUACAAGUUUUGUAAACCGUGUUUGAACUCUGUAUGAUGUUAAACUUUGAAAAAGAUUAUAUAUAUAAAUUGCGAGUAUGAACCAGGACAAAAUGUUGAUCCUGAUUCCAGUUUCUAUAGAAUAUUGAUAGAAUACAACAAACAACAGUUUAGGAAGAAUAUAAAGCAGUUUCCAUCACAUUGUUACAACCUAAAAAAAUCUCCAUUUCAAAAUAAACAACACCAGAAGGAUUAAAUUUUUGGAGAAUAUUAUUCCGGCUUUAUAUACUAGUCAUAUAACUGAUUAACUUCAAAGGGUUUAUACAGAAUCACAUGUUCGUGAAUAUGAAUAACCUAAUACGGUCGUUUUAUAAAUUCAAGUUACUAUAAUUGAAUGUUGGUCUGAAGUUAGAAUUAUUCAAAUUGAAACAAUUUUCUUAUGUCAUAUAUUCACAUCAUCCAAGUGGUUCUGAUGGUUUAUAUCAUUCACUCAUCCUCGUUGACAGUCAUCGAAAUUAAGGAAGCACUACAAUUGUUUCAUCCUAACAUUCGACUCCUCACUAGUGCACAUCUAUGAAUCCAUUGAGGAUUGAACACGAGACCGUCAGGUUUCACGGUGACCACUUAACAUUCGAAUCAUUGAAUUGGAAUGUAAUGGUUUGUGUGUUUCACUCCAAUCCAUACACGAUAUAUCAAAUGCUCACCAGUAACUGAUUUGGACCGAUAAUUGCAGAAGUUCUAGUAAGAAACUGUAAUCAGUGCGGUUUAAAUAUGUGUGAUAUAAGACAGUAACCGAUGGAUGGGAUUGGAAACUGGUUGGACCAUAUUGCGAGACUGUAAUUUAUGAACGGCAUUUUAGCGAGCCUGAAUUGACCUUGAGAAUGUCCAUCUAUUGACUAGGACAAAAUGAGCGUUAUAAACCAGUGUGAUGAAUAACCUCAAAUAACUAUAUGAAUUGUUAUAAGAGUUAAUAUACACUAUAACACUAUGUUAAAUUAUUUUCACGUUACUAC